AACACCCACAGCUAAGAUGUCCUGCCAGCAGAACCAGCAGCAGUGCCAGCCCCCUCCCAAGUGUACACCCAAAUGCCCUCCCAAGUGCCAGACCCCAAAGUGCCCUCCAAAAUGUCCCCCUAAAUGUCCUCCCAAGUGCCCCCCUGUGUCUUCCUGUUGUAGCCUAGGCUCUGGGGGCUGCUGCGGCUCCAGCUCUGGGGGCUGCUGCAGCUCUGGGGGCUGCUGCAGCUCUGGGGGUGGAGGCUGUUGCCUGAGCCACCACAGACCCCGCAGAUCUCUCCGUCGCCAUCGCCACAGUUCUGGAUGCUGCAGCAGUGGUGGCAGCAGUGGCUGCUGUGGCAGCAGUGGUGGCAGCAGUGGCUGCUGUGGCAGCAGUGGUGGCAGCAGUGGCUGCUGUGGCAGUAGCCAGCAGUCUGGAGACUGCUGCUGACCUGGGUGAUGAAGACUUCAGACAAGUGGUGCAGGAGGAGCA